AUGUCUGUAACUGAUUAUGAAGUUAAGUUUACAGCUUUAUCGAGGUUUGCACCUAAGUUCGUACAGAACGAAGAAGAUAAAUGUACAAAAUUCCAGGAUGGUUUAGAGGUGGCUAUUAAGUCCAGAGUUUCAGUUUUUGAGGAAACAAAUUAUAAUAGACUUGUGCAAGAAAGAAGGAACAAUUCAAAAGAAAUAGAUCUGAGUCAUUACAAUCAAGAGGAGGUGAAGGAAUUUCAAGUCAGGGAGGUCAAAAGUAACGGUAUGGAAGGGGAAAGGGGGGUGUUUUCAGUGCGGAAGGGAAGGCCACCAGAAGAAAGAUUGUCCUGUGUUAAAAGCAAAAGAGUGCUAUCAUUGCCAUCAGCUGAAGGAGUGACCUCAGUGGGUAGUGUUGCUGGUUUUGGUAGAGGAUUUGCAAAGGGGAGCUCGUUAAGAGGAGGUAGGGUUGCUACAAGUGGUUCGCAAGCCCAGGGAAGAGUGUUUGCUAUGACACUUCAGGAUGCUCAAGCAACACCAAAAGUGGUGACAGGUACACUUUCUAUUUUAGAUAGAAAUGUUACUGUGCUUAUUGAUCCUGACUCAACCCAUUCAUUUGUUGCAUCAUCUAUUGCUAUGCAUUUGGGUAAACCACUUUCAUCAUUAGAUAGUAAAUUGUUUAUUUCUACCCCAAUGGGGGAAGUGGUAGUGGUUACAAAUGAAUAUCGGGAUUGUGUUUUACAAUUGGGAGAUAAACAGUUAAAGGUGAAUUUGAUACCGUUGGGUAUACCAGAUUUUGAUGUCAUUUUGGGUAUGAAUUAG